AACAGCAAGAGGAGAGGAAAAUAAUCUGAAAGCCAUGAGGAGGAGAGAGAAUCUGAAGCUUUGGAAAACCAGUGGCCAAACACCGUGGUUUUAAUGGCAAACGCUCAGGAAGAGGCUGGCUGAGCUACCCAGAGAAAUAAACACAAUGGGCAGAAAUAGUUUCCUGCACUGUUAGAUUAGAUUAGGUUUUGAGAGUUUAAACCAACGACCGAUAGCAGUAUGGCACUUUUCCUGUUCUGCAAGUCUCCUGCAGGCCCAGUCAGAAUGAACAGAAUACAGCUCCUUCUGUGCUGUUUUCUACUGUCUAUUAUCAUAUACUUCUUUAAUGGACGUAGAGCUGCUGCCAGUUUGGAGUCAGCCCAUCCCUUGUCUCAGGUGUUGGGAAUGAAGGAUGGAAUGAUACUGAAAGACAUGUCUUCAGUGAAGACAGUGGACUCAAAAACUCCACAGGAGACAUCGUGGGGAGCCCCUAUGGUUUGGGGUGACAGCCACAAUUCGGUGUGGCGCAGGGCAAAACUCUCAGAACGAGGAAUUCGCGUAGGCCUGUUGGCCCUUGUGGUGGGAACUUACGCCCGGUUUGUCCGUCAUUUCCUCUACUCAGCCGAAAACCACUUUCUCCCUGGUCAGAUGGUCACGUAUUACAUUCUUACAGACAACCCCCGCACUCUGGAUCCUCCGGUUGAACUGGGCCCUGGACGACAGAUGAAGAUGCUUCCGGCCGCUGAGCUGCCUGGCUGGGACAGGUUGGCUUACCGUCGCAUGGUGCUGUUCGCCGAAGCCAUCUGGGGGACCAUUGGCAAAGAGGUCGACUACAUCUUCUGCGCUGACAUUGACCAGGAGUUUGUGGGCCCAGUAGGGGAAGAAAUCCUUGGGGAUCUGGUGGCUACGCUACACCCAGAGUUUUUUGAAAUGCCACGAAACAAUUUCCCUUACGAAGACCAAGAAGAGUCAUCCGCUUGCGUAGAGGAGGACGAGGGAGAAUACUAUUAUACAUCAGAGUUUUAUGGCGGGGUGGUUUCUCAGAUGCGCAGACUUGCUCGGGAGUGUUCUCUGCUUAUACUUCAGGACCAGGCGAACAACAUGAUGGCCAAAGGACUGGAGGAAAGCUACUUAAACCGCUACCUGAUCGACCACAGACCUACCUGUGUGCUCUCACCAGAGUACAGCUGGUGGGAUUCGCCCCUUACUGCCCAUGUGCCUAAAAAAAGACUGGUCUCAUUGGGAAGGCAGUGUGAGGCUUAUGACAUAGAGAAGAGAGAACUACAGAGGUGUUGAAAUUUAAAAAAAAGGAAAGACAAGAGAGUAAUGCAAUUUGCACUCAUUUAUGUACACAGUGGUGUGCAAAGUAUUCAUGCCCUUUGCGCGUUUUCAAAUCAGAACAAACUCCAGUGUGUUUUAUUGGUCUCCAUUAGGGGAAUUUCCAAGAGGUUUGAUCUAAACCACUCCGUUGUAGCUUUGGCUGUAACUGUAAUGUCGUUGCCAUGGUGUAAGGUGAACAUCCAUGCCACUCUCAAGUCUGCUCUCUUAUAAGUUUUCUUCCAGUAUUCUCCUGUCUUUAGAUCCAUCCAUUAUCUUUGACAGGCUACCCUUUCUCUCAUAAAGAAAAGCAUCCCCACACCAUAAUUCCGCCUCCACCAUGUUUCAGUGGUGCGUCCAAGUUGAACUCCAAUGUUAGUUUUCCAUUAUACAUGGUGUUUUGCAACUUUUUCCAGGUAACUGAUGUGUCCCUGGCACAUGGUGGUGCCAAACUGCAAAUGGGAUUUCUUCAGCACUCUAGACUUCUUCUUGCCUCUCUUCCAUGAAGGAGUGGAUAACUAACAGUUGUCCUGUCAACAGAUACUCCUACCUAAGAUGUUAAUCUGCACCGUCUCCAUGGCUGCUUCUCCUAUUGAUGCUGUGUCAUGCGUAUCAGUUAAAAAUCUCCUAAACUUCA